GAGAGGGAAAAGAGAGCAGGACUGGGAUCUUCACAGGGAGUACAUCAAUUUGCCUCUCCUGCUUUAUUCUCCACCUGUGGAGUGCUGAUUGAGGUGUUGUGUCUCCUCAGCCAUGCAGUUCUGCAGCCUUCAUCACUGUGUCCUCUUCUUCCUCAUCCUCACAUUCCCCUCUGGUCCUGUUCCAGCUUUCAAUUCUAUAAAGGUGAAACUGAAUCAGUCUGCGAUUCUUCCCUGUAAACAGAACUGCUCUGAUUCACUCCGAUGGACUGUGAUUGAUGAACCAUUUUUUAAUGUGGCUGAGUGUAAUCAGACAUCAUGCUGGUCAAAGGAGGGGUUUAAUAUGUCUCAUGAUCGGUAUCUGAAGGGAGAUCUGUCUCUCACCAUCAAUGCAGCUGAUUACAGCAACAGGGGUUUGUACACGUGUGAAUGUGCUGGAACAGAAAUCUGUAGGGUGCGUCUCAUCAUUGAGACUGUGAUGUCACUAGUUUAUCGAAAGGUUGGUCAAUCUCUGGACUUGGAUUUGUCUAUACCAGAUCCAGUGCAGAUAACUUACAAAAGUACAGAUUCAGCUGAUCCAUACGGUGAAGUGAUCUGCACUGCUAUUCAACACUCACUAGAGUGUAAAGCUGAAUACACACUGAGAACAUCACUGAGAGGCACAGUUUUGAUCCUGAAGAAAGUAAACCUUGCUGAUUGUGGAUUGUACUUCAUCUGGGACAAGAAAAAUAAUGAAAUCAUUCAUAUUUAUACAUUAUAUUUAAAAGACGUUGUAUCGGUGAAGCUUCAUAAAUCGGCUACUCUCUCCUGCAACUGGAAAUGUCCUGUUGCAGCCAAAUGGAUCAAUAAAAUACAUGUUACUGUGGCUCAGUGUAAUCAGACAUUGUGCUGGCCCAGCAAUGAAUAUGUCAUGUCUCAUGACCAGUACCUGGAGGGGAAUCUCUCUCUCACCAUUACUACAGCUGAUUACAAUAAUCGUGGCUGGUACACCUGUCAGUGUGGUGACAGAGACAAAUGUCAUCGGUAUCUCAUGAUAGAGCCUGUUAGGGAAGAAGUUCAGCUAAAGCCUGCUGAGAAUCUGCUCAUGGAGUUGCCCAUACCAGAGAAUGUAGAAGUGAUUUAUAACCAGAAUCUGAUAUAUGAUCCAACCAGUCAUCAGAUCUGCACACUGGAAAAAGGCUCACUGGUGUGUAAAACUGAGUACACACAACGGGUAAAGCGGGUGCUUAAAUUAGAAGUGAACCUGACUGAUAGUGGAGUUUACAUCAUCCAGGACAUGGAGAGCAAUGAAGUCAUUCACAUAUACAAUGUGACUGUGAAAGAAGACCAGCCACGACCGGAUCAGGAGAAUCGAUUUUCAUAUUCAAGUUUUUUUCUUGGAAUUUUCAUUGGAUUACUCAUAGCUGCAGUUGUAUUUUUGGUAUUUAUUUUUUGGAAGGUUAACAACUUCAGAAUGGGUUAACCUGUAGCUCACUAAUGAACUCUAAAAGUGACAGUGACCCUAGAGAGUCCUCUUGAGUAAUCAGAUUCUCUUUGUAAUUAUGACUGAAUCUGCAUGUGCAGAAACCACACAGCAGUGAUUAUCCAGAUAGUUGGUGGGGUAAAAGUAGAACAUUUUAUUAUGGGUCAAAAUAAAUAAUUGUUUUGGGGU